GUGAUGUGUGACUCGGGAGACCAUAGACCAGAUCCUCCUCCAGAAACCUGCGAAGCAACUGUUCAUGAAAGCUCGAGCCAACCCCGUAGUCAAGUCAAGCAGGCUGUGCGGAAAUUUGCGAAAGGCGUCACCAAGAAACUUUCUAAACGUUUCAAGUGUUCCCGUAACCGUACCCCUGCGAUUCAGAAUGUCGAACUUCAGGCUGCUUCGUCGAAUCAGAAUGUCAGGGACACGUCACAUCCACAUCCCACCACAGCUGAAAGUCCUAGUGGCUGCGUCAACCAAGGCACAUCCGGAGAACCUGCUUCGAAGGUUCUCGACAUCCCCUCUGGCGUAGAGGAAGGCAUUGGUUCCAAAUCAGUUGAUGCCGAACUUCAGGGUGCCCACGAGGCUUCAGAACACAUGAAAACACUCAGAGGACCUGCGCAGUCUGUGACCUCCGCCGCCAACAAUGCCCCAGCAGGUCUCACUGCUGCAGAUGAUUUCCAGACCAAUUACCUCCAACCCCUGAAAAUUUUUGACACUGUCAUUGAGAAGAUCGCAAAUGUACAUCCAUACGCAAAGAUGGCGUUGGGCAUACUUUCUGCUGCAGCUAAAAUUGUUCUUGCUCAAGCGGAACGCGAUGAAUCGGUGCAUCGCCUUCUCCAGAAAUUAGAUGAAGUUUAUGGCUUCAUUACCCAAGAUGACAAUCUUUCCAAGGUUGAAUCGAUGCAUGAUGUCAUCGGAAAGAUCGCUCAGCAGACUCUCGAGUGUGCCCGUUUCAUCAGGGAUUACUUGGAGACGAAGAGCUUCUGUGAGUCGUCGGACUAUUGCAUUCGCACAUGA